UCAUUGUUUAUUUAGAGCAUCUGUCUUGUAGCCGGGACUAGACACCAACUGGAGAGGCCACAUUUGGGAAGCAGUGACAGAGGAAUCAAAGGAAAUCAACGUUGAGUGGCUCUCCCCUAGUGGAACAAUGGGUUUGCUGCUCGCAGGGGCUAUUUAAUUUGACAAUGUAUACCCCAAAGCCAACCAGAGUUGGGGAUGGGUGGCAGGGAAGGGGAGCCGGAGCUUGGAAAUUCCCCAAAGAAAUGGGCGAGAAAGGCGACAGACUGUUUUAAAAGAAGGCUGCUUUUCUAAGCAAGAGGCCGUUCCACUGCCAGAGGCAUGACACGUGACCAAGAAGGUUGGAAGAACCUCCUGGCAUAAGAAGUCUGGUCAGACCCAGGACUCCUGGGGGUGGAUGAACUUGACCUCACAGACAAACACCGAGAAGCCAUGUUUGCACUUCCAGCAGAAAAGAAAUGGCAGAUCUACUGCAGUAAGAAAAAAGACCAGGAAGAAAAUAAAGGAGCCACUAGCUGGCCUGAGUUUUACAUUGAUCAGCUAAAUUCAAUGGCUGCUAGAAAAUCGCUGAUAGCUUUGGAAAAAGAAGAUGAGGAGGAGAGAAAUAAAACAAUAGAGAGUUUGAAGACGGCACUGAGGACAAAACCAAUGAGGUUUGUAACCAGAUUUAUCGACUUGGAUGGCUUGACGUGUAUUCUGAACUUUCUGAAAAGCAUGGACUAUGAGACCUCGGAGUCUCGAAUACAUACCUCUCUCAUUGGGUGUAUAAAAGCACUAAUGAACAACUCUCAAGGACGGGCUCAUGUCCUGGCCCAUCCAGAGAGUAUUAAUGUAAUUGCUCAGAGUCUGAGCACCGAGAACAUAAAGACAAAGGUGGCAGUGCUGGAAAUCAUGGGCGCUGUGUGCCUGGUUCCUGGGGGUCACAAAAAGGUAUUGGAGGCCAUGCUGCAUUACCAGAAAUACGCCAGCGAAAGGACUCGCUUUCAGACGCUGAUUAAUGACUUGGAUAAAAGCACGGGAAGGUAUCGAGACGAAGUGAAUCUAAAGACAGCCAUCAUGUCCUUCAUAAACGCGGUCCUGAGCCAAGGGGCUGGAGUGGAAAGUCUGGAUUUCAGACUCCACCUUAGAUAUGAAUUUCUAAUGCUAGGAAUUCAACCAGUCAUUGAUAAACUAAGGGAGCAUGAAAAUUCAACGUUAGACAGGCAUUUAGAUUUUUUUGAAAUGCUUAGAAAUGAAGAUGAACUGGAAUUUGCCAAAAGAUUUGAACUAGUUCACGUAGACACGAAAAGUGCCACUCAGAUGUUCGAACUGGCGAGGAAGAGGCUGACUCACACGGAAGCGUAUCCGCAUUUUAUGUCUAUCCUUCAUCACUGUCUCCAAAUGCCUUUUAAAAGAAGCGGCAACACAGUCCAGUACUGGCUACUGCUUGAUAGGAUUGUACAGCAAAUAGUCAUACAGAAUGACAAAGGGCAGGACCCUGACUCCACUCCCUUGGAAAACUUUAAUAUUAAAAACGUCGUCCGGAUGUUAGUUAAUGAAAAUGAAGUUAAACAGUGGAAAGAACAAGCAGAAAAAAUGCGAAAAGAACACAAUGAGCUCCAGCAGAAAUUGGAAAAGAAGGAGCGAGAGUGCGAUGCCAAGACUCAGGAGAAAGAGGAGAUGAUGCAGACCUUAAGUAAGAUGAAAGAGAAACUCGAAAAAGAGUCUACCGAGCACAAGCACGUCAAGCAACAGGUGGCAGACCUCACAGCACAGCUCCAUGAGCUCAAUAGGAGGGCAAUCUGUGCUACCGUUCCAGGAGGGCCUCCCUUGCCACCUGGAGCACCUGGUGGACCUUUACCUUCUCAGACUCCAGGAGCCCUUCUUCCCCCUCCUCCGCCCCCUCUGCCUGGUGGAAUCCUCCCUCCACCACCCCCACCUCCUGGCGGCCCACCCCCUCCACCCGGCCCCCCUCCUCUAGGUGGGAUAACCCCGCCUCCUGGAGCACCGAUGGGCUCAGCCCUCAAAAAGAAAAACAUCCCGCAGCCGACGAAUGCCCUCAAAUCCUUCAACUGGUCUAAGCUGCCUGAGAACAAGCUGGCAGGCACCGUGUGGACUGACAUUGAUGAUGCAAAAGUGUUUAAAAUCCUUGAUCUCGAAGACCUUGAAAGAACAUUCUCUGCUUACCAGAGGCAGCAGGACUUCUUUGUGAACAGUAACUCCAAACAGAAAGAAGAUGCCAUCGAUGACACACUGAGUUCCAGACAUAAAGUCAAGGAGCUUUCGGUAAUAGACGGCCGGAGAGCUCAGAACUGCAAUAUUCUUCUCUCCAGGCUGAAAUUAUCAAAUGAUGAAAUCAAACGUGCAAUUUUAACAAUGGAUGAACACGAGGACCUGCCGAAAGACAUGUUAGAGCAGCUCCUGAAAUUUGUUCCUGAGAAAGCCGAUAUUGACCUUCUGGAGGAGCACAAACAUGAAUUAGAUCGUAUGGCCAAGGCUGACAGGUUCCUCUUUGAAAUGAGCAGGAUAAAUCACUAUCAGCAAAGGCUGCAGUCCCUUUACUUCAAAAAGAAGUUUGCGGAGAGAGUUGCAGAAGUUAAGCCCAAGAUUGAAUCAAUCCGCGCUGGCUCAAAGGAGGUGCUUCAGAGUAACAGCCUGAAGCAGUUGUUGGAGGUGGUUCUGGCCUUUGGAAACUACAUGAAUAAAGGCCAGAGAGGCAAUGCCUUUGGGUUCAAAAUCAUCAGCCUAAACAAGAUUGCAGACACGAAGUCCAGCAUUGACAAGAACAUCACCCUUUUGCACUAUCUCAUAACUGUAGUUGAGAAGAAAUAUCCCAAAGUCCUCAAGCUUCAUGAAGAGCUGCGAGACAUCCCUCAAGCAGCCAAAGUAAACAUGACUGAGCUGGAGAAAGAAAUAAACACCUUGAGGAGCGGCCUGAGGGCUGUGGAAAGUGAACUGGAAUACCAGAAAUCGCAGCUCUCUCAGCCUGGAGACAAGUUUGUAUCAGUCGUCAGCCAGUUCAUCACGUUAGCCAGCUUUGGCUUCUCCGACGUUGAAGAUCUUCUGAUGGAAGCUAAAGAACUGUUUACCAAGGCAGUGAAGCACUUUGGGGAAGACGCGAGCAAAAUGCAGCCGGAUGAGUUCUUUGGGAUCUUUGAUCAGUUUCUUCAAGCUGUGACUGAGGCCAAGCAGGAGAACGAAAACUUGAGGAAAAGGAAGGAGGAGGAGGAGCGUCGGGCGCGCAUGGAAGCACAGCUGAAAGAACAGCGCGAGCGGGAACGCAAGGCCAGAAAGGCUAAAGAAAACAGCGAGGAAGGUGGGGAGUUUGACGACCUCGUUUCGGCUUUACGGUCAGGUGAAGUCUUUGACAAAGACCUUUCGAAACUGAAACGGAAUCGCAAGCGCAUCACCAACCAGCUGACGGACAGCAGCCGCGAGAGGCCGGUCACCAAACUCAACUUCUGAUCCUUUUGGUUUUGUAAACAUUUUUUAGAAAACUGAUUAGCAGUCUUUUUGAAGUGGCUAGGAUUUUUCAUUAUACUGCCUUGUAAUUCAAACCGAAACAGUGGCACACUCUGUGUGUGUGUGUGUGUGUGUGUGUGUGUGUGUGUGUGUGCGCGCGUGUGUAUAUGUGUUGUGUAUAUAAAAAGUCUGUUUGUUGGUAUGUAUGGAGAAUAUAAGUGUCUGUCUGUCUCUGUCAAGCAGGACAGUGUAUAUAUGUGUGCCACGCAAACACGUAUAUAGAUACUGGUCACUGAGUGCAAAUUCCAUUUUCUUUCCUUCAACCACGUUGUUCAAAAAGUAGUUAUUCUGGUGUACAAGCACAAUAUUGUGUCUCCUGAGAAAGAGAUGACAAAAACAUUCCUUGUAGUAAACAAAGGCAUUGAGAAAUAUUUUCUACUUGGUCUCCCUUUGGAAUUCUUUACCUUGGUGUAACUGAUGUCGGAGUGCAUAGAGAGAAACAAAAACAGCGCCGCUAUCCGAACCACUGGUGCUGGGGUGUCAUCGCGGACUGCUGGGGAUCAGCCUGGAGACCGUAGUGGUGGUGUAAGAAUACAGUAUAUUAGUCUGCUAGGAACGCCUUGCACACAGUCUGAAGUGUGUUUAGGGGGAGGGGAAAAGAAAGUCAAGUGGAAACCAUCCAUUUUAUUAUUAUUCAAAACUUGAACAUCUCUGCUCUUGUGCGGGUUCCGAUGAGUUCCGUGCUGCACACUCUUUUGAUAAUCCCUUUUCAGUUGUUUCUGGGAAGCACUGGACUUGCAUCUCUUUCCGCAACCCUUGCUCUUGCUCAAGACAGUGUGCUUAUUGCUAGAACAAUACAUAGACAUAGUUCUACCGUUACAACGUUUUCUUGCUCAUGACAAAUGGGAAGUGGGGGAGGGAGGGGUUCUGCUGAGACAAAGAGCAUCAACUUUUUGUGUUGUCAUUUUUUUUCCAUUUUCUAUUCAGUGGGACAAACUGUAUCCUCUGUAAGGCCAGGUCUGCACUAAAAAGUUAAGUCAACUGAACUGUCGCUCAGGGGUGUGAAAAUCUCCUGAUCGAUGUAGUAAAGCCGACCUAACCCCUGGUGCAGACAGCGCUAGGUCAAUGGAAGAAUUCUUCGGUUGGCCUAGCAACCUCCUCUUGAGGAGAUGGACUACCUCCAGUGAUGGUAGUCGUAGCGGGUGUCUACACUGAAGCACUACAGCGGCGCAGCACUGCGGUUAUGCUGCUGUAGCUUUUCUAGUAUAGACGUAACCUAAAUGUAGGUCCAAACUGAAGGUCAUGUAAACCAAUGCACAAAGGACUUGAUCUGAAACCCAUUGUGUCGAUGGACAGGCCCCCAUUGACUUCAGUGGGCUUUGAACCGGGCCCCUUGUUUUUAACGGACAUACAGUAGCAAUGAUGCCAAGAAAUAUUUCUCUCUUAACAAUGUACUUUUUCAAGUGGUUUGCUGUUUUUAUAUUGUCAUUAAAAUUUGUAAGCAAAACUAUCUGUAAAAUGUCAGUCCAAAAAAACCCCAAAGCUCUCAGGGAGUAAACUAGUAACAAGUAAUAAAUACAUAAAUUUAAAAAAAAAAUUAAAAAAAUUGGAAAAUAAAAAGUAAAUGCCAUUAACAUAGUAACACUUAAUAUUCUUAAAUUAUACAGAAUAUAUGGAAGACUGUUACUUUUUGCUUUUAUUUAUUUGUGGUGGUUUUAUUUUUUUAAAACCAACAAACUCUUUUAUACCAUCAAUAUUCUUAUGCUCUUUUUGGUUUUUUGUUCUUUUUUCCUGUGGAGAGAUUAGUUUGUCCCUGUUGCACUAGAUAUUAACACUAUUCGAAAUAAGUUUUUCAUGCAAUGGGUAUUAUCGGUGGGAUUGGGGUGUCAUUUUUCCUAUAUGUACUGUAUAGCAAAUGUGCUGUUUAAAGUAACUUGUAUAAAAAUAUGGUUCUUAGCACCUAGAGCCGGCCCGGGGUCUCUGUACUUUCUGAAAGCUGUGAAGUGUCACUUUAAAAAGAGUUAUCAAGAGCUGUGGUCUUAACGAUUUUUGUUUUUCCUCAUUGCAACGUUCGACGCACUGUAAGUAUAAAAAAGCGUAUAAAGCAGUAAUAAAUACAAAGUUACGGCUCGGUAAAGUCCUGCACCUCCUAUCAAAGCAACUGCGAAACCUGCAAAUUUUCAAAGAUUGGGAGUGAAGCACUUUGUUUUAAGAAGAAGAAGAAGAAGAAGGGGGAAAAAAAGUUUAAUAGUGAUUCUUGUUCCUUAACUAAAGUGCCUCUAUUUAUAUUUUCUAUUUAUAGAUUCAGAAAUUUGGGCUGACACAAUUUAGGGAACGGACUCUUUUUGGUGGGCGGGGGAGUCUCGUGUCUGACGAUCUGAGGAAUGAUCAGUUGAUUGUUUUGCUGGAAUAAUGCAUUUUGAAUUUGAAAAGGUCUCUAGUCCUGCAUUGGGAUCCCACUUCCGCAGCCUGUGUAGCCAUGCGGUGAUCUCGGGCUUCACCCUAUGGGAUUCCAGUGGAGCUCGGGGGCUUAGUUGCCCUUCCAGAUCAUUCUUGUUUUCCAUCAGCCUGGUUAUUGGGCUGCGUUUGCCAUUUCGUUUUCUUUCCAAACAAAAGGCCGUGUGCAGGUAAUUUCAUGUGCCAUUGUUGAAAGCUACUUUUAAACAGGUGCUGGUGUCAGUAGCCACUCUUUUCUCUUGGGUGUGUAUUUUACAGAUUUUUUUUUAAUAAUGCCAAAAAGGAAAAAAUUACUUGUAAACUGAAGUAUAUGUCAUGGACCUUCUUCGCUUCGUAGUCGACCAAGUUAGGUGCAAGAAUGUUAGUAGUUUAGCUGCCAGGAAAUGCUGUGUAUGUUAUGAGACUGUACAUUUUUGAAGAUGGCAAUAUGCAAUAAAGCAAAAGACUUGCAUUGA